GCCCCCAUUUGCGGACCACCAUUGGGCGUGGGCCUGGCUUCCGCAGCAUGAGGGCGCGGCCGCCUGGUCCUGCCCCGCCCCGCCCCUCUCGCUGCUGAGUCAGCGCUCUGCAGCCCCCGCCCGCGGGAGGACGCCCCGGGAGUCCCGGGAGCCCCGAGGAGGCGGGCGGAGGGCGGCCCUGGACUAGCCCGCAGCUCUGGGUCGUGUGUGCGCAGGAGAAGCGGCGGCUGCAGGAGGAGAUCGGCGCCGCGCGUCGCGAGCUGGAGGAGGAGAAACUCCGCGUGGAGCGGCUCAAGAGGAAAUCUCUCCGAGAACGUUGGCUCAUGGACGGGGCAGCUGAAGGGCCAGAACGGCCGGAGGAACCCGCCUCCAAGGACCCACAGUCGCCUGAGGGACAGGCCCAGGCUCGAAUUCGCAACCUGGAAGACAGUUUGUUUUCGGUCCCCGUCCUCUCUCUCAGUCUGCCAUGGAAGCAGCUCCUACCGCCCCGACUGAUGUGGACAAGCGAACUUCCCUGCCAGAUGCUCCAGUGGGCAUGUCCCCUGAGUCUCCUUCUGAUCCCAGGGAGGAGUCGAUUGCGGUUCUACCAGCCUCGAGGCCAUCCACUGAAGCUAUAGGGACAUCUUCAGAAGCCAAUGGCCCCUGCCCUGGGCACAGCCCUCUCCCAGAGCAGCUGAGUCUAGGGGUGUCGAGUGUCACUAAGGCCAAAGGAGAUGGUGCAGUGGAGGUGGUUUGGGCUGGGCUUAGAGCCACUGAGAACAGUGCCACAGGCCCCACAGAUGUGGAGCUGGAGGCUAAGGUGGAAGAAGUGGUUCUGGAGGCCAUUGGGGCCAGGCAGGGCACCAGCAGCCCUGAGCUCCCCACUUGGGUGAAGGAGGGCAGGGGUGUAGUGGAAGUGGUCUGGGAGGGGCUGGGAGGCAGGGAUCUUGAUGUCACAGGGGAGUCAGGCAGGGAUGCAGAGGCCACACACACCAGUUCCAGGAGACUCCAGGAGCAAUUUGAGGCUGAAACUUGCAGAAAAGAAGAAGGUGCUUCCAGAGAUAGUCUUGAGGGUGUUGGGCAGGGAGGUCCUGGAGUAGAGGAGGGAUCCUUCAUUUGGGUGGAGAGAGUGGCCCUCAGCGAAGACUGGGAGGAGAUUUUGAUGGAGGGUUUGGAAGCACCGCAGGGGGCAGGGUCUGCAGGAGAACCUGAGGCUUUGAUUGGAGCACAGCCCAGAGGAGGUGAAGCGUCCUGGGAGGUAGAGAAGAGAGAAGUAGAGAAAGUUGAGGGCAUAGAAGAGAAGGGAAGGGCAGAAAAGCUCGGGGCAGAGAGGGAGGAUGGUGUAGCUGUGCUGCCAGAUGAGACCCAGGGAAGAGAGGAAAACGAGGCAGAAAAGGUAGAGAGAAAAGACAGUGAGGGCCCCUUUCCAGCAGAGAUAGCAACAGAUGAGGAAAAGUGGGAGGUGAAAACGACGGAAGGUGAAGAGUCGUUGGAAGUAGAAAAGGGAGGUGAGGCAGAGCCGGUCACCACUGAGAAGCCAUUGGUGACAGAAAAAAAGCCAGAGGGCUCACUGGAGACAGAGAGAAAAGGAAGUGAGAUGCCAUUGGACCAGGAGAAAGAUGGUGAGGGCUCAUUGGACAGAGAAUCAAAAACAACUGAGAUACUAUUGGAUGGAGAGAUAGGAGAUAAGAGCUCAUUGGAUGAAACUAAAGGAAGCAAGAAACUAUUAGAUGAGAAGACAGGAGGUGAGGGCUCAUUGGAUGAAGAAGCUGAAGGAAGUAAGAAACUAUUGGACAGGGAGGCAGAUGGCAUCGAGCCAUUCUCUGAGGUGGACAAGACCUCAGGCGCCAAGGAUGAUGUGAGUCCAGAAGAGCAAGGCAAAGCCAACGAAGGAGCAGAGUUCCAGGCGGAGGAUGCCAGCCCACCAGGAGCCACUGUUUGUGUCCAGGACGAGCCCAGGUCAGAGGAGCAAGGACAGCAAGAACCAGAGAAGCAAGAAGGCCUGGUAGAAGGGGCAGCCAGUAAGCCUGAGCCCUGUACUGAGCGAGAGGGUCCCCCAGGGGAUGCUACCCUGCUCCUAGCUGAGACCCCAGCCCCGGAGCAGCCUGUGGAAAGCCAGCCACUGCUCCAUCAGGAAGCGUCCAGCACUAACCCUGGUGACCACCCUGCACCUACGUAUGCCCCUGCCCAGCAGCUUGAGCUGGCUGAGGCCAAAGAAGCUAGUGGUCCCAAGCAGAAGACGUGCCAGUGUUGUGUGGUCAUGUGAGCCUACGCCUGCCGCCAGCACCCCACUCCUCCUCUCACAGCUACCUCGCUGCCUGGCACCCAGCAGAAGGUCCCAGGCAUAGACAGGGUACCACAGGACUGGUAGUGGCACCCAGGAGCCGGAGGGCCCUGUGCUUUUAGAUUCCCUGCCCACUGCCUGUGGCCCUGACUCCCUUCUGCAAUGAAGCCUUUAUACUUGAAAAUUAAAUGUUAAGGCACUCUGGCUUUAAGAAAAAAAAGAUUUAUUUAUUAAUUUAUUUUUAUUUAUUUAUUUAUUUUUAUUUUAUGCGUGUGUUUUUCGGUGCAUAAGUAACCAUGUGUGUGCAGGGCUCACAGAAGCCAGAAGAGGGCAUUGGAUUCCUUGGACCUGGAGUUACAGGUGAUUCUGAGCUGCCCUGUGGGUGCUGGAAACUGAACGUGUGUCCUUUGCAAGGGCAGGGAACCAAACUUUGGUCUACUGCAAGAAAACACAGGCUCUUAACCACUUCAGGCCCUUGAAUGUGUCUUUCGAGUCACCACCUCAUAGCCUGCCUGGUAGUUAUUCUUACUAGAAUCAAAAGUUAUGACUCGAUGAAGUGACGCACACCUGUAAUCCCAGCUCUGGGGA